GCGCGGGGGCCACUCGCCGCCGAGGGGAGUCCGCAGAGCGGCGGCUCGUUCCGCCGCUGAGGGGAUCCGUUUGUCUCCGCAGGCAGCCGCGCCCCGCCCCGCCAUGGGCUCCGAGAAGGACUCCGAGUCCCCCCGCUCCUCCUCCAUCCACGCGGCCGCCCCCCAGUGCCCCAAGCCCGGCGGCCGCCGCCGCCGCCGCCUCUCCUUCCAGAGCGUCUUCUCCGCCGCCGCCGCCUCGGCCUCCGGCGGGGUGCGGGGCCGCCGCCGGGCCAAGGCCGAGCCGCCGCCGCCCCCCGCCCCGGCUCUCCCGCCAGCCGCCCCGCCGGCGGAGGCGGCCCCGGCCGAGCCCCAGGCGGCGGCGGCGGCGGAGGCGGCCCCGGCCGAGCCCCAGGCGGCGGCGGCGGCGGCGGAGCUGGAGUGCCCGCUGUGCCUGGUGCGGCAGCCGGCGGAGAACGCGCCGCGCCUGCUCUCCUGCCCGCACCGCUCCUGCCGCGCCUGCCUCCGCCAGUACCUGCGCAUCGAGAUCACCGAGUCCCGCGUCAACAUCUGCUGCCCCGAGUGCAGCGAGCGCCUCAACCCCGCCGACAUCCGCCUGCUGCUCAGCGACUCGCCGCGCCUCGUCGCCAAGUACGAGGAGUUCAUGCUGCGCCGCUGCCUGGCCGCCGACCCCGACUGCCGCUGGUGCCCGGCCCCCGACUGCGGUUACGCUGUUAUUGCCUAUGGCUGUGCCAGCUGCCCCAAGCUGACUUGUGAGAGGGAAGGCUGUCAGACUGAGUUCUGCUAUCACUGCAAACAGAUAUGGCAUCCAAACCAGACCUGCGAUAUGGCCCGUCAGCAAAGGGCUCAGACGCUGCGGGUACGGACUAAGCACGCCUCAGGCCUCAGUUAUGGACAGGAAUCUGGACUGGCCGAUGACAUCAAGCCAUGUCCACGUUGCAGUGCUUACAUUAUCAAGAUGAAUGAUGGGAGCUGUAAUCACAUGACUUGCGCAGUGUGUGGCUGUGAAUUCUGCUGGCUGUGUAUGAAGGAGAUCUCAGAUCUGCAUUACCUCAGUCCCUCUGGUUGCACGUUCUGGGGCAAGAAGCCGUGGAGUCGCAAGAAGAAAAUUCUCUGGCAGCUGGGCACAUUGAUUGGUGCCCCUGUAGGCAUUUCCCUCAUUGCUGGCAUUGCCAUUCCUGCCAUGGUCAUUGGCAUCCCAGUGUACGUUGGGAGAAAGAUCCACAGCCGUUAUGAGGGAAAGAAGACAUCUAAGCACAAGAGGAACUUGGCCAUCACCGGUGGGGUCACCUUGUCUGUCAUUGCAUCCCCAGUUAUUGCUGCUGUCAGUGUUGGUAUUGGAGUCCCCAUCAUGCUGGCCUAUGUCUAUGGUGUUGUGCCAAUUUCUCUCUGCCGAGGAGGUGGCUGUGGAGUCAGCACAGCCAAUGGGAAGGGAGUGAAAAUAGAGUUUGACGAAGAUGAUGGACCCAUUACAGUGGCAGAUGCUUGGCGAGCUCUGAAGAACCCUAGUAUUGGUGAGAGCAGCAUCGAGGGACUAACUAGUGUGUUGAGCACCAGUGGGAGCCCCACGGAUGGGCUCAGUGUCAUGCAGGGCAACUACAGUGAGACAGCCAGCUUUGCUGCCCUUUCUGGUGGUACCCUGAGCGGUGGAGUCCUCUCGGGCGGAAAGGGAAAGUACAGCAGGUUGGAAGUGCAAGCAGAUGUACAGAAGGAGAUUUUCCCCAAGGACUCAGUCAGUCUCGGAGCAAUUAGUGACAAUGCCAGCACUCGGGCUAUGGCUGGUUCCAUCAUCAGUUCAUACAACCCACAAGACAGAGAGUGUAAUAACAUGGAGAUCCAAGUGGACAUAGAGGCCAAACCUAGUCGCUACCAACUAGUUAGUGGCAGCAGCACAGAGGACUCUCUCCACGUCCACACCCAGAUGGCAGAAAACGAGGAGGAGCAGGAGCAGACAUUCAAACACCAAAGUUGUGAGCAGAAAGACUGCAUUGCCAGCAAAACCUGGGACAUCACCCUGGCGCAGCCAGAGAGCAUACGGAGUGACCUGGAGAGCUCCGACAGCCAGUCAGAUGAUGUGCCAGACAUUACCUCGGAUGAGUGUGAUUCCCCCCACCCUCAGACUAUAGCCUGCCCACAGACCCCAAAAGCCAGAGGUGCUGAGAGCCCAAGUGCCCAUCUGAGCCAGUGUGCCCAAGAAGAAGGGCAUAGGCCAGAGGAAAUAGUCUCUAAACUGGAAUGCAUUGAAGCCAGAGUAUGAAGUUGCCUCCUCCAGAGAAGCACGCUUACAGUCACUGCAUCCUUUGUAGAGGGUUGUGUCCUUUGUUAGCUUCUGUUUCUGAUUCUCUGGCCAGCUUCCCUGGUCUGACCCUGAGGGGAAAGAUGCCAUUUCUUACAUGAUUAAAAAAAAAAAAAAAUCCCCCGCCAUCAUUUUUAAUUUAUUGGUUCAAGCGCUCUGAAAGAUGUCUGAGUGUACAUAUGUAUGUGUGCAUAUACUGUGUCUGCAAAAAUACAAUUAAAGAAUUGUUUUAAUAAAGAUUUCUGUUGUAAUUCGA